AUGCGCACCAAGAUUGACAAUCGAAUACGGGUACUAAUCGAGAAUGGUGUUGCAAAGGGUCACCGAAGCAUGUUUGCCAUAGUUGGUGACAAAGGACGAGAUCAGAUUCCUGUUCUCCACCAUAUUCUAUCGAAAGCAACUGUGGCUGCUAGGCCGACGGUAUUGUGGUGCUACAAGAAAGAACUUGGAUACAGUUCUAAUAAGAAGAAGCGAAUACGUCAAAUUCACCUGAAAUCGUCCGUCAGCACAAUUUCGGAAGGUGAUCCAUUCGAAGUUUUCAUAUCAAUGACGAAAAUCCGCUAUUGCUAUUAUAAUGAAACUCAGAAUAUAUUGGGAAACACUUACGGGAUGCUUGUAUUACAGGACUUUGAAGCACUUACACCUAAUCUUUUGGCUCGAACUAUCGAAACCAUCGAGGGUGGAGGCAUUGUAGUGUUACUGAUGAAAACAGUGAAUUCAUUACGGCAACUCUACACGAUAGCAAUGGACGUGCAUAACAGGUACCGUACCGAAUCUCACACUGAAAUUGUUGCCCGAUUCAAUGAGCGAUUCAUUCUCUCGUUAGCUAGUUGUAAAGAUAUAGCCGUCGUCGACGAUCAACUCAAUAUUCUCCCGAUAUCUAGUCAUAUUACGACACUAGAACCAGUACAACCGUCUUCGAAGAAUGCUGUCUCUCCAUCAGAAGCAGAGCUCAAAACCUUGAAAGAUACCAUGAAGGACACAAAGCCUAUUGGUCCGCUACUCAAUAAAUGCCGAACAGCAUGUCAAGGAAAGGCUUUACUCAGGUUACUCGACGUGAUAACUGAUAAGGAUUUAAAUGUAACCUGCUCGAUUACAGCCGCAAGAGGUCGAGGAAAAUCCGCUUCUCUAGGCUUGGCACUGGCUGGAGCUGUCGCUUUCGGCUAUUCAAACAUUUUUGUUACAUCGCCAUCACCUGAGAAUCUUCGAACACUAUUCGAAUUUGUUAUGAAAGGAUUCGAUACCAUGGGGUACCAGGAACACAUUGAUUACGAACUUAUCCAAUCUACGAAUCCAGAAUUUCAAAAGGCGCUUGUGCGAGUUAACGUUUUCAGAGAACAUAGACAAACUAUUCAGUAUAUUCAUCCUUCUGAUGCUGCAAAACUGGGUCAAGCUGAACUCCUAGUUGUGGAUGAGGCUGCUGCGAUACCACUGCCAUUAGUAAAAGAGUUGAUUUUCGGUCCUUAUAUCGUGUUUCUUGCCUCAACGAUUAACGGGUAUGAAGGAACAGGACGAAGCUUGUCUUUGAAGUUGCUCCAACAACUUCGUCAACAAGCGGCAGGAAGCAUCAAGGGAGAGAAAUUAGCUUCAAGCAAAGGUCGCAAACUGCAUGAGCUCACGAUGGAAGAAAGCAUACGAUAUAAACCAGGUGAUGAGAUAGAACAAUGGUUAAAUCGUGUGCUCUGUCUGAAUGCUGGCAACAUUAAUACGCGUCUUUCUUGUGGCACUCCACCACCAAGCGAAUGCGAAUUGUACAUUGUCAAUCGUGAUGCCCUGUUCUCAUUCCAUAAAGCCUCUGAAGCGUUUUUACAACAGAUCAUGGCGAUCUAUGUAGCUGCUCAUUAUAAAAAUUCACCAAAUGAUUUACAGAUGCUCAGUGAUGCUCCAGCUCAUCACUUGUUCGUUUUAAUGUCACCAGUGAAGGAGGAUCAGUCAUCUUUACCAGAGGUACUUGCACUGGCACAAGUUUGUCUCGAAGGCAAUUUGUCAAAGGAGUCUGUAUCCGGUGCAAUGAACAAAGGAAAGAGAGCAGCUGGGGAUUUGCUCCCGUGGACGAUCUCUCAACAGUUUUUGGACCACGACUUUCCAACGCUCUGUGGUGGACGAAUCGUACGAAUCGCGGUGCAUCCCGAUUUCCAGUCGAUGGGUUAUGGUACUCGUACACUUGAACUCUUGGAAGAGUACUAUCUCGGUCAUGUACCAUCUAUUGACGAAGGUGUCAAGGAAUCUGUAAAAACUGUAAAGGACGGGCAUACAGUAGCUUUGUUAGAGGAGCAAAUAGCACCUAGAGCUGAUCUUCCACCUCUCCUCAUGCGGCUCACUGAGAGGAAAGCGGAACGUUUGGAUUACUUAGGUGUAUCAUUUGGACUGACAUUGAAUUUGUUGAAAUUUUGGAAAAAGAGCGGCUUCGUACCUGUUUAUCUUCGUCAGACACCUAGUCCACUUACUGGGGAGUAUACGUGUGCUAUGCUGAAAAGGAUGAAUGAUGAAUCUGAAUCGUCCGAUUCUUGGCUUGCUGCGUACUUCCGUGAAUUCCGUACACGGCUGCUGUCCUUGCUGUCAUUCGAAUUCAGGAAAUUACCAAUAAACCUUGGUUUGUCACUUUUGCAAGUGAGGAAUAAGGAAGUGACGGAAGCUCUGCGUAAUAGCAGGAAGACGAUCACUCGUGAUCAGUUGGCUAUGUUCCUUUCAAAUGUUGAUCUCAAACGGCUAUCAGAGUAUUCGAGGAAUUUGGUUGAUCAUCAAAUGAUUACUGAUCUGCUUCCUACUGUAUCUAGAUUGUAUUUCGGAGAUCAGUUGAGGGAAAAUGUCAAACUCUCGACUGUACAAGCCGCUGUAUUGCUCGGGUUUGGCCUGCAACACAAGAAUGCAGAAAAUGUCCAGGAAGAAUUGGAUAUUCCCCAAAGUCAGGUUUAUGCUCUUCAAUCGAAAACCAUAAGGAAAUUAUCGGACGAGUUUGAUACGAUGUGUAUGGAUUCUAUUCGUGAGCUUAUUCCUGACAAGACACGUGAUGUGGACAAGGAAGAGCAGUCGGCUGCUGUUUCACACUUGAAACCCUUGGCUGAAAGUCUCGAGGACGAGUUGAACAAGGCAGCUGAGGAGAUAAGAGAGCGUCAGAUGCGUGACAAGAAGGCAUUACUAGAAGAAACUGAAGAUCUUUCACAGUAUGAAAUCAAUGUGGAUACGAAAACUCUGGCAAAGGCUAGUGAUAUCAAGAUGAUUUACAGUCGCCCGUUAAGCGCUUCAAAACGACAGCAAAACGAUGACGAUGGCUCGAUAAGGAAGAAGAAGAAAAAGUUACUGAAGAAAAAGCAAAUAUAG